CAUGAAGAAGGCAGAGAGGCAGGUGGCCCUGCUGAACCUGGUGGAAGAACCAGAGCAGGUCAUCCUAAAGGAACAGGUAAAAAAUAGGGUUCGUUUCAUAGAGAAUGAGAUGACGGCAGAGAGGCAAGUGGACCCAGUGGAAAAACCAGACCAGGUCAUGAAGAAGGUAGAGAGGCAGGUUGACCCAGUGGAAAAACCAGACCAGGUCAUGAAGAAGACAGAGAGGCAGGUGGCCCUGCUGAACCUGGUGGAAGAACGAGAGCAGGUCAUCCUAAAGGAACAGGUAAAAAAUAGGGUUUGUUUCAUAGAGAAUGAGAUGAAGACAGAGAGGCAGGUGGACCCAGUGGAAAAACCAGACCAGGUCAUGAAGAAGGCAGAGAGACAGGUGGCCCCGGUGGACACAGUGGAAAAACCAAAGCAGGUAGUAAAGAACCAGAUUGAUAUAAAGACGCCAAAUUUAGAAGAGCAAAUGGUCCUCAAAAUCCUGGAGAAGAUGGAGAACAAAAGGCUGGAGAAGCAGGUGCUUCAGAUGGACCAGAUGACGAAGGUGGAAGAAGAGCAGCUGCAGGACGACGUUCUUGUUCCCCCCAUCGUUGAAGCCCAACCUGGAGAGUCUGGGAAAGAAAGUAGAAAGUAGAGAUGCAGGACGGGGAGGAUGAGAAGGGAAAUGGGGUAAAGGGUGAAGAGAUGGGGCAAGGAGUGGAGCAGAAGGUUUUAGAGGACCAGGCAGACCAAAUACCAAAGAUGGAGAAGCAGGUGGUUCUGGGAAAAACAAACCUGAGAAGAAAGUAAAGAAGAGAAAAUGGUGGCAGACACGCCAGAAAGUAGAGAUGCAGGUGGCCCCACGGGACCUGAUGGAAGAACCAGAGCAGGUCGUCCUAAAGGACCAGAGGAGGAAACCAGUAAAGAAGGUGAUUCUGGUUUUUGAGAUUGAGAUGGCAGGUGGACCCAGUGGAAAAACCAGACCAGGUCAUGAAGAAGGUAGAGAGGCAGGUGGCCCCGCUGAACCUGGUGGAAAAGCCAGAGCAGGUCAUCCUAAAGGACCAGGUAAAAAAUAGGGUUCGUUUCAUAGAGAAUGAGAUGAAAAAGUUAGAGAGGCAGGUGGACCCAGUGGAAAAACCAGACCAGGUCAUGAAGAAGGUAGAGAGGCAGAUGGCCCAGUUGAACCUGGUGGAAGAACCAGAGCAGGUCAUCCUAAAGGAACAGGUAAAAAAUAGGGUUCGUUUCAUAGAGAAUGAGAUGAAGGCAGAGAGGCAAGUGGACCCAGUGGAAAAACCAGACCAGGUCAUGAAGAAGGUAGAGAGGCAGGUGGACCCAGUGAGUGGAAAAAACAGACCAGGUCAUGAAGAAGGCAGAGAGGCAGGUGGCCCUGCUGAACCUGGUGGAAGAACCAGAGCAGGUCAUCCUAAAGGAACAGGUAAAAAAUAGAGUUCGUUUCAUAGAGAAUGAGAUGAAGGCAGAGAGGCAAAUGGACCCAGUGGAAAAACAAGACCAGGUCAUGAAGGGGGUAGAGAGGCAGGUGGACCCAGUGGAAAAACCAGACCAGGUCAUGAAGAAGACAGAGAGGCAGGUGGCCCUGCUGAACCUGGUGGAAGAACCAGAGCAGGUCAUCCUAAAGGAACAGGUAAAAAAAUAGGGUUCGUUUCAUAGAGAUUAAGAUGAAGGCAGAGAGGCAAGUGGACCCAGUGGAAAAACCAGACCAGGUCAUGAAGAAGGCAGAGAGGCAGGUGGCCCUGCUGAACUUGGUGGAAGAACCAGAGCAGGUCAUCCUAAAGGAACAGGUAAAAAAUAGGGUUCGUUUCAUAGAGAAUGAGAUGAAGAAGGCAGAGAGGCAGGUGGACCCAGUGGAAAAACCAGACCAGGUCAUGAAGAAGGCAGAGAGGCAGGUUGACCCAGUGGAAAAACCAGACCAGGUCAUGAAGAAGACAGAGAGGCAGGUGGCCCUGCUGAACCUGGUGGAAGAACCAGAGCAGGUCAUCCUAAAGGAACAGGUAAAAAAUAGGGUUUGUUUCAUAGAGAAUGAGAUGAGGACAGAGAGGCAGGUGGACCCAGUGGAAAAACCAGACCAGGUCAUGAAGAAGGCAGAGAGGCAGGUGGCCCCGGUGGACACAGUGGAAAAACCAAAGCAGGUAGUAAAGAACCAGAUUGAUAUAAAGAAGCCAAAUUUAGAAGAGCAAAUGGUCCUCAAAAUCCUGGAGAAGAUGGAGAACAAAAGGCUGGAGAAGCAGGUGCUUCAGAUGGACCAGAUGACGAAGGUGGAAGAAGAGCAGCUGCAGGACGACGUUCUUGUUCCCCCCAUCGUUGAAGCCCAACCUGGAGAGUCUGGGAAAGAAAGUAGAAAGUAGAGAUGCAGGACGGGGAGGAUGAGAAGGGAAAUGGGGUAAAGGGUGAAGAGAUGGGGCAAGGAGUGGAGCAGAAGGUUUUAGAGGGCCAGGCAGACCAAAUACCAAAGAUGGAGAAGCAGGUGGUUCUGGGAAAAACAAACCUGAGAAGAAAGUAAAGAAGAGAAAAUGGUGGCAGAGACGCCAGAAAGUAGAGAUGCAGGUGGCCCCACGGGACCUGGUGGAAGAACCAGAGCAGGUCGUCCUAAAGGACCAGAGGAGGAAACCAGUAAAGAAGGUGGUUCUGGUUUUUGAGAUUGAGAUGGCAGGUGGACCCAGUGGAAAAACCAGACCAGGUCAUGAAGAAGGUAGAGAGGCAGGUGGCCCCGCUGAACCUGGUGGAAAAACCAGAGCAGGUCAUCCUAAAGGACCAGGGGAAGGAACAAGUAAAAAAUAGGGUUCGUUUCAUAGAGAAUGAGAUGAAAAAGUUAGAGAGGCAGGUGGACCCAGUGGAAAAACCAGACCAGGUCAUGAAGAAGGUAGAGAGGCAGAUGGCCCAGUUGAACCUGGUGGAAGAACCAGAGCAGGUCAUCCUAAAGGAACAGGUAAAAAAUAGGGUUCGUUUCAUAGAGAAUGAGAUGAAGGCAGAGAGGCAAGUGGACCCAGUGGAAAAACCAGACCAGGUCAUGAAGAAGGUAGAGAGGCAGGUGGACCCAGUGAGUGGAAAAAACAGACCAGGUCAUGAAGAAGGCAGAGAGGCAGGUGGCCCUGCUGAACCUGGUGGAAGAACCAGAGCAGGUCAUCCUAAAGGAAAAGGUAAAAAAUAGAGUUCGUUUCAUAGAGAAUGAGAUGAAGGCAGAGAGGCAAGUGGACCCAGUGGAAAAACAAGACCAGGUCAUGAAGGGGGUAGAGAGGCAGGUGGACCCAGUGGAAAAACCAGACCAGGUCAUGAAGAAGACAGAGAGGCAGGUGGCCCUGCUGAACCUGGUGGAAGAACCAGAGCAGGUCAUCCUAAAGGAACAGGUAAAAAAUAGGGUUUGUUUCAUAGAGAAUAAGAUGAAGGCAAAGAGGCAAGUGGACCCAGUGGAAAAACCAGACCAGGUCAUGAAGAAGGCAGAGAGGCAGGUGGCCCUGCUGAACUUGGUGGAAGAACCAGAGCAGGUCAUCCUAAAGGAACAGGUAAAAAAUAGGGUUCGUUUCAUAGAGAAUGAGAUGAAGAAGGCAGAGAGGCAGGUGGACCCAGUGGAAAAACCAGACCAGGUCAUGAAGAAGGCAGAGAGGCAGGUGGCUCCGGUGGACACAGUGGAAAAACCAAAGCAGGUAGUAAAGAACCAGAUUGAUAUAAAGACGCCAAAUUUAGAGGAGAAAAAUGGUCCUCAAAAACCUGGAGAAGAUGGAGAACAAAAGGCUGGAGAAGCAGGUGCUUCAGAUGGACCAGAUGACGAAGGUGGAAGAAGAGCAGCUGCAGGACGACGUUCUUGUUCCCCCCAUCGUUGAAGCCCAACCUGGAGAGUCUGGGGCUCUGAUGGAGAUCGCGUGUGAAGAUGAAGGUGUCCCGAUGCCGAAGUCGAGGAGAACCAGCCUGAGAUCCAAACGCCCAGAACCGGCUACAAGAUCCUUAGAGGUUUUGUCAUCGGCGCCGCUGUUGUGUUGACGGUCACUAUAGCUUCCCGUCGACUGUCCUCGUUCUUCAACGUCUGAAUCUGUCGUGGUGACGAUCCGGAGAUCAUCCAAUCACACGCCGACUUUUCCAACAUCAAAAUAACAAUAAAGUGCCUUCAUGAA